AUUCUGUACGCUGCUCUCUACCUGAGGAUGCUGAAUGCUGCUUUAUAUGCUUCAGAACCCUCCUGCAAAAUUCAAGGAACAUUUCAGCUAAACAGUUUAUAUAAAAAAGGGGAUAUUAUGCUGGGAGGCAUUUUUGAAAUAAGCACCAAAACAAUUGUGCCAGAUUUAUCCUUUCAGACAAAACCAGGACAAUGGAGAUGUGACGGGGUAGAUAUAUCAAUCUUUCAAAGGGCACAAACAAUGAUCUUUGCAAUUGAAGAAAUCAACAGGAAUCCAAGCUUUCUUCCUAACGUUACGCUGGGAUACAGAAUAAUCGAUAACUGUGAGAAACUGCCAAUAGCUCUCAGAGCAGCCGCUGCUUUAGUUGGUGGUUUGGAUGACAUUAGCAUGGAUUUCAACUGUAAAGGUUCCCCUCCUGUUCUUGCUAUUGUAGGGGAUCCAACAUCAACCAACUCAAUAGCUCUGUCAAGAAUAUUAAGUCUUUUCCGAAUGCCUCUGAUUAGCUAUUAUGCAACCUGUGCCUGCUUGAGCAAUAAACAAGAGCACCCUUCCUUCUUUAGGACAAUUCCAAGUGACACUUUUCAGGUGAAAGCAAUGAUUGAGAUUCUGAAACAUUUUGGCUGGACUUGGGUGGGUGCUAUAGCAAGUGAAGAUGACUAUGGUCAAAAUGCUAUGGCAGAACUUAGUGAACAAAUCAAAAGCAUUGGCUGCCUUUCCUUCAUUGAAACCAUCCCAAAAGUCAAUCAAAAAAUGAAAAUUAUCAAAAUACUGGAGACAAUUAAAAUAUCAACUGUAAAUGUCAUUAUUGUAUUUGCAUCUGGAGUGGAUAUAAGUGCAUUGGUAAAGGAAGUUGUUUCCAACAAUAUUACAGGAAAGCAGUGGAUUGCAAGUGAUGCAUGGAGUACUACUCAUUCAUUGGCUACCAAAGAAAACUUUGCUUCCUUUGGUGGGACAAUUGGCAUUACUGUACGCAGAGGUGAAAUUCCAGGUCUAGAAAACUUUCUGGUUCAACUUCAUCCAAAUACAUACCCAAAUAACACAUUGAUUAUUCAGUUCUGGGAAGCAAUGUUUGGGUGCACAUUCCAGCAAAAUAUAAAUAACCAAACAUCCUCUUCUUUGGGGCCGAAUAAGAUCUGUACAGGUGAUGAGGAUAUACAAAGUAAAACAACUCCUUAUUCUGAUGUAUCACAAUUAAGAGGGUCUUAUAAUGUGUAUAAGGCUGUGUAUGCCUUGGGAUAUGCUCUUCAUAAUGCAAUGAACUGUGAAUAUGGAAAAGGACCAUUCAUGAAUAAUUCUUGUGUGGAUGUCACAAGUAUGCAGCCUUGGCAACUUUUUCACUACCUGAAAUAUGUUAACUUUACAAAUCAUUUAGGAGAAAGAGUGGCCUUUGAUAAAAACGGAGAUGUCCUUGCUGUAUACGACAUCCUAAACUGGCAAUGGGAUGAAGAUGGCAGUGUAAAAAUCAAAACUGUUGGUCUUUUUGAUAUGACUGCAUCAUCAGGGAAAGAACUCCUUAUGAAUGAAAGCAACAUCUUUUGGAAUUUUGACUCUAGAAAAGUACCGGAGUCUAUCUGCAGUAAAAGUUGCCUUCCAGGCACAAGAAAAGCAACCAAGAAAGGGAAACCCAUUUGCUGCUUUGACUGCGUACCUUGUGCAGAUGGAGCAGUUAGCCAUCAAACUGAUGCUAUCGAAUGCAUUCAAUGCCCAGAAGACUUUUGGUCCAACCCUGGAAGGAAUCUUUGUGUCUUGAGAGAAGUGGAGUUCCUUUCUUAUAGCGAUGCUAUGGGAAUUACCUUAUCAACAACAGCUUUAUCUGGAGCUUGCUUUUCAGUGGCCGUGUUAGUGAUUUUCAUACAAUAUCGUUACACUCCAGUUGUUAAAGCCAACAAUUCUGAAUUGAGUUUUCUUCUACUGACAUCACUAACCUUGUGUUUUCUUUGUGCUCUAUGUUUCAUUGGGCAACCUUCAUAUUUGACAUGUAUGUUGAGGCAUGUAGUAUUCGGAAUCAGUUUUGUUCUUUGUAUUUCUUGUAUUCUUGUUAAAACAAUUGUUGUAAUCAUGGCAUUUAGAGCAACAAUGCCUGGCAAUAACGUGAUGAAAUGGUUUGGUACUGCUCAGCAGAGAGGCACAGUCUUUUUAUUUACAUUUAUUCAAUCUCUAAUUUGCAUAAUAUGGCUGAUGGCAGCUCCUCCCAUUCCUGCCAGAAACACCAAGUAUCAAAAUGCCAAGAUAAUACUUGAGUGUGAUGUUGGAUCCUUAACUGGAUUUAGCUGCCUUCUGGGAUACAUUGGGUUGCUGGCUUGCAUUUGCUUUAUAUUAGCUUUUCUGGCCAGAAACCUUCCAGACACUUUUAAUGAAACUAAGUUUAUUACUUUCAGCAUGCUGAUUUUUUGUGCAGUUUGGAUAACUUUCAUUCCUGCUUAUAUCAGUUCCCCUGGAAAAUACACUGUCGCUGUAGAAAUAUUUGCUAUCUUAGCCUCAAGUUUUGGCCUGCUAUUUGCAAUAUUUGCACCAAAAUGUUACAUUAUUAUUUUAAAACCAGAAAGAAAUAGCAAAAGGGCACUUAUGAGUAAGUCAGUCUUGACCAAAUGA